AUGAGGAUACGACCAGUACUUCUUUCCCUCGCCCUCCUGUCAGACCUUCUCGUUGAAGCCUUCCUCAUAAAUCCACCAAAUCACCAAUCGAUUUCCGCAUCGCUUACCAAGAGGAGGAAAAAGAAGCCGCCAAAGACGCCAGCCGAUGGCUGGGCCAAAUACUUCCACGAACCUGGUGGCACCGACCUCUCAAAUCACUAUGAUAGCAGAUACGAGCACGGCAUCCUGAGCUAUGAAGAGAAGCAGGAUUCGCAGGUACAUAUAAUGAGGGCAUAUCUAGACUUUUUCAAGAAAAACAAUAUAGAGACAUGGCUGGCACAUGGCACUUUGUUGGGUUGGUGGUGGAACGGAAAGAUGCUUCCGUGGGAUUGGGACAUAGACACCCAAGUCUCCGGGCCUACACUCAUGUUCCUGGGCAAACAUUUCAACGGCUCCAUAUACGAAUACAAUUCCGCAGACUCAGACCCUGAUCUGCAACCUGUGGUCGAGCGGCAGUACCUGCUCGACGUCAACCCUGCCAUAGUAGAGCGAGAUCGUGGUAAUGGAGACAACGUCAUCGACGCGCGUUGGAUUGACAUACGAAAUGGUCUCUACAUCGAUGUGACCGGCCUCUCCGAGACGGAACCACUGGACCAGCCAGGGGUGUGGAGUUGUAAGAACUACCAUCACUACAGGACUACGGACCUGUAUCCCAUGAGGGAGACUAUGUUCGAGGGAGUUGUUGCCAAGGUGCCGUAUGCCUAUGAUCGGAUUCUCGCAGAAGAGUACCAAGAGAAGGCAUUGGUCGUGACGGAGUACGAAGGUCACAAGUGGCAUCCGGACAUCAAAGAAUGGAUCAAGAAGACUCCCGACGAGAUCAAGCAAGAACGCCUGAGCAGGCAACAAGCUCGGCGGAAGAAGCAGGAGGAGAAGGCACAGAGGAACAAAGAUAAAGAGGAAAAGGAGAAAGCGGAACAGGAGGCCAAGGAAAAGGGCGAGGCCGUCCCCGAUGAGGGAAAGAAGGACGAAAAAGAGGAGGAGCAUUCCGCUGACCAAGGCAUCAAAGAGCCCGAGAAGGAGCCCAUCAAGGUUAAGCGUAACGCAGAGCCUGAUCCUGAACCUGACCCCGAACCAGUUGCAGAGCUAGAAUUGAUGAGGGAGUCUUCAGGCCUGGCACACCUCCGUCAUCGACAUUUGGAUUACAUUGUAUGA